UUGCAGACGGCAAUGCGCCGCCGUGUGUACAUCUGUAUCGGUUAUGGUUAAAUAUUUAUGAAAGAAAAGUUACAUGUGGGAAGCAGUAACCUUAACUGAUCCUCGGAACAUUUACGCUGGAAAUGGAUAUGGCCCUAGAACAACAUGCAAGUUCUGUCUUUGAUGUGAUGGCCAUCAAACAAGAGCCAGAGAUGGCCUCAGGACAACAUACAAGCUCUAUCUGUGAUUCAGUUACCAUCAAACAAGAGCCAGUGGAGGCUGCCGCUCAGGUGUCUCCCAAGCAAGAGGUUGAGUACAUAUCUGUUAAAGAAGAACCUCCGGGUUUGCAGGAAUGGGAGAUGCCUGAAUGCCACAGUAGUGCACAGGACCCACUAAGCUUUACUAAAGAGGAAUCUUCGCCUUCAGAAGAUUAUCUUGGGCCUGUCACAUACAAUAUUGAUAAAACAGAGAAUGAAGAAGAUGAAGAGGAGGCAGUGAGCGAGGAUGAUGGGCAGGAGCUCAAAAAUGAAAUGGAGUCAACAAGCAGUGAACCAGAAAGUACUAAUCUCACUGGCGUGCAGAACGGCAAUGCUACUGAUGACAAUGCAGUUUCCAAAGUUUUCCUGGGUGCAGAAGCAGGCAACAGGAUACAAUGCACCACCAGGCAGGAAGCAUCCUGCGGGAAUCAAACUGAUACAAGGCAUCCGGCACACAGGUGUAACAUCUGCAAAAAGACGUUCGUACGGUUGCAGGACCUGAACAAGCAUACUCACAUGGACAAAAGUGAUUUUUUAUAUUCGUGUAACUUAUGUCACAAAACUUUUAAAAGGAGGGAAAAUUUGAAGAAGCACUGCCGUCUGCAUACUGGUGAACGGCCAUACAGCUGUAGAGCUUGUAACAAGACAUUCACUGUAAAAAGUACUUUGAAGGAGCAUUUGCGGAUGCACACAGGUGAGCGCCCAUACGCCUGUGGCAUUUGCAACAAGACAUUCAAAUUAAAUAGCCACUUACAUCAACACAAUGUGCUGCAUACUGGGGAACGCCCCUACGCCUGUGGUGUUUGUAACAAGACGUUCAGAUCAAGUAGCAACCUGAAAAAGCAUUCACAGUUGCAUACUGGUGAACGUCCUUACAGUUGCGGCGUUUGCAACAAGACAUUUGUAACAAAUGGCAACCUAAAGGCGCACUUACGGCUGCACACUGGUGAACGCCCCUUCAGCUGUGGCGUUUGCAACAAGAGUUUCAAAUCAAGUAGCCAUCUAAAGACGCAUUCAAGGCAGCAUACUGGCGAACGCCCCUACAGUUGUGGUGUUUGCAGCAAAUCUUUCAAGCAAAUUGGCCACCUGAAACAUCAUUCACAGCUUCAUGCUGGCGAAAAUGUCUAAAUCUAGUGCCGUUUGCAUCAAGACAAUCACACAAAGUAAGAGUCUUAAAGAGCAUUCCAGCUGUACACUAUCAAAUGUCCUUACACCUAUAGCAUGUGUCAUAAGCGAUUCAGCAGCAAAAGCAACCAGAAGCUCUUCUCACAGCUGCCCACUGGGGAAGGACAAUGUAGUUGUGUCAUUUGUCAUACUGAGGAAGCAACUAAUUCUUCAUAAAAAGUGACAUACAUAUAGUUGUGACGGGUAUGUGAAAAGAUUUAAAACCAGUCACAGAUUGGAGAAGCACUCACUCUGUCACACAGGUGACAGUUGUGGCAUGUGUGUCAAGUCAAUGAAUCGUCUCAAAGACUUGCAAAUAUACCUGUGGGUACACCAUGGCAAAUAUUCCACUCACUUUGACUUGCAUCAUACAGUGUUUAAGAGCGGAAGUCGCUUCACAGUGCAUAUGAAAUCUCACAUCUUGGAUGAUUCUUAUGACUGUUUUGGCUGCAAAAGUUAAAUUUGGAGGAGAAGCUGGCUAAGGAUGUAAUUUUUGGGGCCACCCUUAUGCUUGGAUAAUCAUGUAGAAAUAACAGCUUUUUAAUUUAUUCGUGUCAUGUGGAGGAUUGUAUAGUUUUUAUAAUUGCAUCAUAAUAGUCAGUGUGACACAUAAUUUGGAGGAAGUAAUGUAUUAUGAGAAGUUGUGUCUCUGAUUUUUGUCACGAGUUUCUUUCAUGACACUGUACAUCCCUCUCUCUCUUCCCUACAGCCAAUUCAACGUCAUUCCUCUGCAGUCAAAUAUACUUAAAAACUUGAUAGUUGUGACUAAUCGCAAUCAGAUCUUUCGGUGGAAUGGUAUUGUAUUUUUUCCUGUAUUACCCAACACUUCAUUUGUGUAGAGAAUCAACUGUCAACCUUCCUUUAGGUAGCCAUGGACACCCAUAAACACUUGACUGUCAGUGAGCCAUUUUCCAAUCAUCUGAUUGUGAACAAUGUGUUAUAUGCGUACUAGCAUCUGGUCAUAAUGAUAUGCCACAUCGUUGCAGAUGAUUCUCAGUUUUUUACCGUAGAGUCAUUGUUAAACACCAAUAUAUGGGCUUUUGGACAGUGUAGCUUUUUAAGUAAUAUUCCAAUCUGUUGGCACUUAGUUUCUUGAAGGAAAACAGCAUUAGUUCAUCCACAUUAUAUGCAAUAUUAUUUCUUAGUGAAAGCUACAGCAAGGUACAUAAGAAAUUCAGAUGUUAGUGUCCAUCAUGCACAAAUGUGGUAUGAGUAAUAACUUAUCACAAUACUGAUAACCUGUAAUAAUAUGGCUAGUAAAAAUUCAACUGCACAAUACAUGUUUACAGAACUGAAAAUCGAAGAACCCUGAUAAUUGGUUUCCAUUCUGCGUUGUAUGUAUAUGCUUUUGACAUACGUCAGUCAUGCAUGUUCUGAAUAUCAAUCAGUCUAUUCCUCCUUGAUCCACAGAUUCCAUAAUCAUUUCCGUGUAUUUACAUUUCUUGCAUUCAAAAGGUAAUGUCAUAAUAGGGUAAGUUGCAAGACUGUCAACCAUGAUUAAAAGCAGAUAGCUAAUACUAUGGGUGUCAUGUUCGUAGAUGAAAGACAGUGACUCCAUUUGAGGUCACUAAAAGUGGGAGAAACUGGUCUUGGUGCGUCACAGUGUAUCACCAGCGUCCAGUUAUACACCGCAGAGAAAUUAUAGUGGUGUCAUAGAAAGUUCAUACCCAAACUGCUGGAUCAAUGCAGAAUAUAAUACGAAACGUACUUCAAAACCUCUCCUUUUCGUUUAGUUCUGACCCCAUAGUAGCAUUCCAUAACAACGCUACCGCCACAGGAUUACCCUACUGCGACAACGUAACCCCAAGAGGAAGCUAGUAUUUGUGUGCUGUAGCCUUCUAUGAAACUUCACGUAAAUGGUAACUGUCGAAAACAAGUGACACCCUGCCAGGACAGAGCUAUUAACAAAUCAUGGCUACAGUGCUGCCUAUUACAGUGACAAGCGAAAAACACUACUGGCUUUUUUAAAAACACUGGAAUUUUAACAAUAAGGAAAAAAGGUUUAUAAUGAAAACAGUGUGUCGAAAAAGCACUUCAGUGGAGAGAAAUUGAUUUAUUGUUGGCGAAUCCUAAACUAUUAAAUUUUUAAUAAUGCGUAGUAUGCAACAUGUUAUUUGGUAAAUAGGUAUGACUCAGAAACUUAUUUUAAUAGUUAUGAUAAAUAUUUUCCAUCCCUACAGUAAACUUACAUAGAAAAUCUUUGUAUCACUUAUGAAUAUUACUGUUCACCAGCAUGA